AUGACAACGGGUUCCUGGACGAGCUUGAGCUGGAAAGAUCUCGGAACGCCUUGCACCACGACGCACCACUCACGCACUCUUCAUUGGGGCCGGCGCCGGGCGAGUUUCCGGAGUCUGCGACGCUGGCUCUUGACCCUAUCUUUAUCGGCGGGCGUGGUUAUAUAUCUGUGUUACACCGAUAGCGAGACGCCGAGCGAAGGGUUUUCAGCGACUUACCUGCCCCGAACACGUGCCCUACUCGAAAACUGGCGACACUCAGAAACACGUGACGGCCGCUGGCUCUCUGUUAACGAUGGCCUCCAACCCAGCUUCACGACCGAUCCGAGCGGGAUCAAGUUCCCUCCCGAGGUCUAUCCCGCUCUGAUGAAUCCUUAUCAGAGGGCCAAUGCUACUUUUGUCUCCGUCGUCAGAGAGCGUGAUCUCAGCGACUUGAUGAUAAGCAUGCGGACCGUCGAGGAUCGAAUUAAUCGGAAGUUUGGUUACCCUUGGGUCUUCCUAAGUGAAGAUCCUUUCAGUCUAGAUUUCAGACUGGCAAUCAAAUCGAUGACCAGGUCCCAGGUUUUCUUCGGCCUCAUCCCUCCCCGCCAACUGUCUUAUCCUUCCCAUGUGGACCGACGUAGAGCUACAAGGGUCCAAAAGACUAUGGACAAUGACUCUCAAAAGAGCAGACAUGGAGAUAAUCAGAGUCGCCGACAUAUUUCGCGCUUCCAUUCGGGCUUCUUCUUUCGUCACCCGCUCAUGUUGAAAUUUAAUUACUAUUGGCGGGUCGAACCUGGGAUUCAAUACUAUUGCGAUGUGGACUAUGAUCCAUUUGUAUUUAUGGAGGAGAACAAGAAAGUGUACUCAUUCUCAGUCUCUCUGAUGGAGUACCAAUCGACGAUCCCGAGCCUUUGGAAAACCGUCCAAGGAUUUGUGCGCGCCAAUCCGGACCUCCUAGCAGCGAAUAGUUCGAUUGACUUUCUCCUCAAGGACCCAUCUCAAGGGAUCGAAUCAGACUACAACCUGUGUCACUUCUGGUCGAACUUUGAGGUAGGAGACAUGCGUUUCUGGAGAUCGACCACCUAUGCCAAGUUUUUUGCUCAUCUCGAUAGGGCCGGGGGGAUUUACUAUGAGCGAUGGGCCGAGGGCCCGAUCCAUUCGAUCGCCGCCGCACUCUUCCUCCGCCGGGAGCAGAUUCAUCAGUGGGACGACAUCGGGUACUUCCAGACCCCCUUCUCUCACUGUCCUUCCGACUACGAACGCUUCCAUUCAAACGGUAAGUGCUUCUGUGAUCCGUUCGAAAACUUCGAUCAGGACCCUUAUAGCUGUGCUCCUUUGUGGUGGGAACUUGAUAGGAAGAAAAUUAAGGACUCAAAAAUCCGAUCUAAUUCAUGA